AGAUUUGUUGAAGUAGUCCAUCUAAAUAUUUUUUUUUUUCCUUAAAGUUCUUUGAUGAGUUAAGAGUUUAUCUUAUUAAUAAUUAAACAUGAUUUAGAGAUUUAUAAGUAUGAUUUGGAGCAUCGAGUGCAGGUCUAAUAUAGCUUUUAAGCUUGAAUCUUCUCAUUACGCUCCAUAAAGUGAAAACAAAGAAAAUAUGGCGACUGUGCGAAUCUCUUCUUCGACUAGCGUGACCAAGGCGGUUCUUAGAAGUCAGCCAACUAACAAGCUCAUUACCAACAAGAACUUAUCAGUUGGAUCAACCAACAAGGUUUCGAGAUCUUUUGGUUUAAAAUGCUCAGCCAACUCUGGUGCCACGAUGUCAGCUGUAUACAAGGUCAAGCUCUUAGGACCUGAUGGUCAAGAAGAUGAGUUCGAGGUGCAAGACGACCAGUACAUCUUGGAUGCAGCUGAAGAGGCUGGAGUUGACUUGCCUUACUCUUGCAGAGCCGGUGCGUGUUCCACUUGCGCCGGUCAGAUUGUGACUGGCAAAGUUGACCAGUCUGAUGGUUCGUUUCUCGAGGAUAGUCACAUGGAGAAGGGUUAUGUCUUGACCUGUGUGGCUUACCCGCAGUCGGACUGUGUGAUCCAUACCCACAAGGAAACUGAACUCUUCUAAGUUCGGAUCUCUUAUUUGGUAAUGAUGAUGAAAAUUGUUAUUUGAGUGGUCUUUUUUAGUUAUUAUUAUCAGUUUCCUUCUACGGAUUUGUGUGGUUUUAAGGUAUGCAUUUGUAUGAAAAUGACUCGAGAUAUGCCUUUUAGUGUUCAUGAAUCGUCACCGGGUCGCAACUGGUUAAUAAAAUGGUUCAGUUGUGAGAAAAUCACUGAUAUUAUCUC